AUGUCCACCAGGCAGGGCAAUAUUUUAAUCGUUACAGCGGGGGUACGGGAUCUGCCACGCCUAGAGGAUCUAUACGAGGCCAAGAACACUUGGCACUUUGGCGACAAGGAGACGGCGCCACUGGAAACCCUGUUCUUUAAGAAUCAGGCUCAACGACUUUUGGUAUACAAUAAAGAUGAGUUUAAUAAUUUGCUGGCCUACAGCGAGUUCGCCAACCAUCCAAGUAUUCCGGUGCUUAGCAACGAACUCUGGCUGCACUGGCUCAAUGUGCGGUUUUGCAUAGAAUUUCCCAUUACGUUACUCAAUUCCAUCUUCUUUAACUUCUUCAUCUGCAAGGAGGGCAAGCGAGAUCUUCUCAAAAAGAUUAUCUUGGAGGUCUUUUACAAUGAACACUUGGUCACCUACAUGAUCGUGGUCAAGCCGCCGAAUUGUCCGCGAGGCCAAUACGAUGCUGUUCAAGCCUUUGGAAAGACCUUUUACCCUAAGUUCUGCAAAGUCUCAGAGCAGAAGAAUCUUCCCGCGGUCAUCGUUAUCCAGCGAAAGAACAUCAUGCCAGUUUUAUCCUUUCGCAAGGCGCUACCCGAGGACAAUGACGACAUUGUCGAGAUGAUAGAUUCCGAGGAUCCGGAACUGAGGAGAGAACACGGCGACUUUUACAUUGCAGAGCACCUGCUGAAUGUGGAUGGAUCUAAAAGGAAUGACAAGAUUAUAAUUGCCGAGUUUGAGGAGGAGAUCGCAGAUAAUGUCAAGGGAGCAGGCCUAAUGUGGCUGUCGGAUUCCAUUGAUAUUGAGACGCUGGCUACAAACUUUCACUUGGAGCGUUUGAGCAACUUGACGCGGUAUACACCAGGGGUUAAGCACAUUCGUGCAUACUUUGAUGUAUUCUCAGUGGAGCACAGUUCAACUAAGGAGUUCUACACUAAGACACAGAUGGACAAGAUCUAUAAAAUGCAUGAAAGUAAGAUAGACCAAGAAUGUGAUGGAAAAACUGAAGCGAGGGAUGUUUUAUUCGGAAAGUACAAAUACGUUUACGAGGAACUGCGCAAGGGAAUCUACUAUAUGAAAGCACAUCAGGACAAACUGGAGAUAGCUUUCGAUUUGCCACCUGGGGAGCACUCGCACAACGUAAAUAAGAUGCAGUAUCUGGAAAAGGCGUCUAAUGGAUUCCUGCUGAAGUUGUUCCAAUUGCAUCCACUGGUACGCUAUGAGUACACCUAUUACUCUUUGUCGGCCAUGUUCAGUGCUUUUCCUGAUCUUGACUACUGUGUUACCAUGGUGCCUGCCACCUCAUCGACGAGUCCUUGUCAGCGAGAACUGCUUCGAUUCUUUUUGCCGGUUGCCCAUCGUCCUAGUAGCUCCGUGACCGAAAGUCUCUUUGUUGCCCAUCGAAGUACUUUGUUUGGUGAACUCCGCGUGCAACGCGUCGAGAGACAGGAAGUUGAUGAAAUCAGGACUAUGAUAUGUUUAAAGUCCUCCAAUAGGGAUACGCUUAUUGACCACGACGAUAAGGAUUACGACGAUUAUACAGAGACAGUCCUAAGCGUUUUUGAUGGUAUCAUAGCGGAUAUUCUAGACAAUUCCAAGACUGAUCAGAGCUGUUUCACCAUACGUUGCGGUCAGUCCAAGAAGCACACCGACUGCCCCUUGGUAGGAUUUUUGAUUUUAAGUCCCUUUUUAAAUUACGAUGAUAUAAGCAAGGUAUUUAUGAUGCCACGCGAUGUGUUCUCGCUAACGCACAAGCGUGGGGAGAUUGUCAUGUUCAGGCUGCACCCGUUCUUCCAGAUGUGGUGCACUCCGAUCCUUCGCACGGUGGCUUUGUACGAAAAUUUCCGAGAGUUGUAUUACAUACACUAUUUCAAUGGAAUCUCACUGCCCAACGAUCUGAUGUACAACAUGAUGCCUGUGGAACCGCGCCGCAUGAAGAAGAACUUGUUCGAUUACAAUUGCUCCUCCUACAAGCGUCGGGGCUCAAAGGUGACGUACAGUACCACUGUAGAUAUCUGCACCAGUCGCAUGCGUCUCUUUUGCCACAACCUGAAGCCCACCAUGCACAUGGGUGGCAAGAAUUCCCUGGUAAUCGUAGGUUUUUCUGAAACUUGUCGUGCCUUUCUCCGAACCAUCAUCUUCGCCUGGAAUUCUAAAGAUUUGAUAAACUUUAGCAAGUACAACUGCCUUCCCAUGGUGGACAUCACUGUGCUGGCAAGUCCUGGCGUUGUAGAAGCGGCCUACGAUUGUGAAUUUUCAUGCAGCUCUUGUAUGAAUGGUCGUGACUGCUAUAUUGACACUGGAAACGUGAAUCCCUUUGUUAGGGAUACAAUGCAUCGCAUGGACGUAAGGCAUUGGGUGCGAUUUGUGCCUGGUGUUCUCAAAAAAAUAAGGAGGCAGGAAAAGACCCUGGAGCUUUCGGACGGUUGUAAUCUGCGAUAUGAGAAGCUGGUGUUAAUGGCUGCCACGAGGUUUGGUUUUGAGGAUAAGGAAUUUAAGGGGCAUCCGACACCUUUAAACUAUAUAACCAAUAAUAAUCGCCUGGACAGGAUUAUUUUCUACCACAAGGUGCGUGAGCUGGUGGACACGCUGGAAUCCUAUAAUGUUAUACUCUAUGGAUAUAAUCUGUGCGUUUACGAGUGCGUUAACUUUCUGGUCACGCAUGGUUGUAAUGCCCAGAACAUCACGUUGGUCAAGCCCCAUAUACCGCUUGGAUUUGAGGACUUGGGUGAUCCUGAAGUGGACACUCUUCUGGAUCCGAUAAUCCUGGAAAUGGUUGCCGAUCUGGGCGUCACGAUCCACCUAUCGACCAAUUUCAGCGAGUUUAUUCUAAGCCAAGACAAUACGUUAAUCGAGCAAGUGGAGUUCAUAACGCAUCCAAGAAGGAGAAAAAUCCAGCUGAACUGCGAUCUCUUUGUUAACUACCUGCAGAAUACUUUAAGAACGUCAAUGGAGGAUGUUCUCUCUGAUGCAGGCAUUGAGAUGUAUGACAGGAGGGUCGUGGUCAAUGCACGUUAUUGCACUAAUGAUCGUAACAUAUUCUCUGCGGGUAAGAAUAUUAUCAUGAUUCCCAAGCCAAACUUUCAGUACACCAAUACCAGUCCGCAAGAAAUGGCUGAAAAGUUGGCCUAUGAACUGAACAUGAUCAAGAUGGUGAUGCAGUCGAGGUACUCAAGGCCGUACAUGUUUACUGGCAUGCUGCCAAUGGGCUAUUAUAUCACCAAGUUCGUCCAACCGAAGCCCCUGCUCAUAGGUCAACUUCCUGUUGACUAUUCAGAGCGCAUGACCACAUAUUCUGAUGGAGACUUUUGCCGCGUUCGACUAAGCAAGAAAAUGAUUGUGAUAGAGAUUCUUUGCGUUACCAAAAGGCCGAAGCGUUUUAACUUCUUGGAGUUCUUUUGUGGCAAGCACGCCAUGUUGCUCAAUGAUUUGCGUGGGCGUUAUCAAUCUGGUUGGAUUGACAACUUCCUGACCUUCUUUGAACAACCCUGGACGGAGCUCUUAAUGCACGAUAGAUUCGAGGAUCUGCAAUUGAAGAAUCGCCGACUGCUGCUGGCCAUGCUGCUGAUGAGCAACAAGGAUACCCAAAAUAUCAGGAGCAGCUUGGAACUCAGCCAGAGGCAGAGGCUGGAGGAAAAUGUUAUCGAUUUUGUUCGAACCUAUCGCAAGGAUUUUACCCAUGAAUUUGCUUUGCCCGAGGAUUGGGGUGUCUUUAACCUAUAAUUCAGAUUGAUUUACAAAGAAUUUCAGUGCCCAGAAAUGACACAAGGCGCGCAGGUAUUUGUUUAAAUGUGUAUUUUUUGUAUUCCAUACAACGCUAAAUAAUUAAACCAAUUGCAAGUUUUUA